CACCACACGAAGGGAGGGCUGAGGGGAUCAAGAUGCACUUUCUGAGCUUCACAUCCAUCGUGCUAAUACAGCUGACUUUCCUCGCUGUACUGCAUGGUGCCAAAUGGACAUAUACUGGGCCAGAGGGAGAGAACCACUGGUCCGAGCAUUAUCCAUAUUGUGGCGGAGCUUUCCAGUCUCCAAUAAACAUCAAGUCAGAGCUGCUAAGGUUUGACCCAACCUUACGUCCAAUUGAAGUUCAAAACUACAACCUGUCACCCAAAGAGCAGCUUACUCUUGGAAAUAAUGGACAUUCUGUACAAAUAUCACUGCCAUCUAAGAUGUACAUCUCCGGCCUGCCUCAGCGCUACACUGCAGCUCAACUCCAUUUUCACUGGGGCUCCUCCAGCAGACCCACAGGAUCUGAACACAUGGUGAACAACAAGCAGUAUGCAGCUGAGAUGCACGUAGUACACUUCAAUUCAGACAAGUAUCCCAAUAUGUCCAUGGCUGUAGACAAAUCUGAUGGCCUGGCUGUACUGGGUGUCCUGGUUGAGAUUGGAGAGUUCAAUCCGGCCUUUGAACAGUUUCUGAAGUUCAUCAAUGGCAUCAAGUACAGGGAUCAGAAAGUCCAGGUGCCCGGAUUUAACAUCAGAGCACUGCUGCCUGCACGUUUGGAUGAGUAUUAUCGCUACGAUGGGUCACUGACUACUCCUCCAUGCUAUCCCAGUGUCCUGUGGACCUUGUUCAGGAAUCACGUAACGAUAUCUCGCAAACAGUUUCUGUCCCUGGCAACAGCCCUCUACUCCUCCCAUGCCCAGGACUCAGUCUCUGUGCCUCUGAAUGGCAACUACAGGAAACCGCAGCCCGCUGACAGCAGAGUUGUGCUGGUAUCUUUUAAAGAGGGUAAAGGACUGCACGGUAUUCCCACAGUCACAUCUUCACUUGCAAGGAAGCGAAUCGUUCAGCAGCUGCUGGUUGGUGACCUAGCAGACCUGGCUGACGAAGGGCUCUAUCAGCUCCUACCGAGUGGCUCAGAGAAGAUCCAUGCUGGCAAGAAGAAAGACCUCAAAAACCAACAGAGUGAGACUCUGGCCAAAUCCAAACAACAAACUCUGAACCCAUCCCUAUGGAAGAAGAGCCAGACCAACCGCUCUGUGGGAAAGUUGGGGCUGGCAGAAGAUGCACUGUGCUAUGUCUCGCUGGAACAGAGAGUUUUCCAUCAGCUCAAACAGUCCCAUGCUGAGACCCAGCUGGUUCAGGCUCUCAGAGAUGCAGUUUUCCCUGAUCUCAACCUCAAGAGCUACCUGGACUGUAAGUCAGACUUAGCUCUCCCCGCCAUCAGACAUAUUCUUCAUGGACGACCACCAACGGAUGAGGCUAAGGAGUUAGAUCGCUCCCUGACAAAAGCCUUAAUGAAUCAGAAGAAGACUUCCACAGCAAUCAAGCACAGUGUGCCAGUGACAAACUAUGGCGGUCCCUCUCCUGCUACUGUUCCCAGGAAACCACACAGCCAGGGUUAUCCACAUCCUUGGCUUUUGCCAAUGGAGUGGGAAGACUAGAGAGAUUCCUGACAUAGUUGAGAAUCAAAUUAUGUCACUUUUUGUAGCAGACAUCUGUUGAGUGUCCCACAAUGAAAGACUAAUUUUCAAGCCACGCCCUGCAUUCCUUUGAUCAAUCUUUCUCACAAAUGUAUUUAAUAUUAAAUUAUUCUUUACUGUAUGUGCACAUAAUUAUAAUACAGUUUCUGUAAGAAAAAUAUUGUAGUAUGAGUUAAUUCAACUGUCAGUGUUUUUGCAAACAUACGCUUGUGCAUAACCAGUCA